AUGCACAUCAAGUCGCUUCUCCUCGUCCCGGCAGUCUUGGCCCUUCAGGCAGCUGCAGUCGCAUUGCCCCAAGACGAUGGAGACGUCACCAUCGGCGGCAGCGAUGCGACUGGCAAUGAAUCAGCAGAUCUGAUAGCCGCCUACGAAGAGGUCGAAGAGCAAAUCCCUGACCCUGUGGCAGCGCCAGUCGGAGCCGGAAGCUCUGAAUUGCCUGAAAACACAGACGACAUCGCGGAUGCUGCUGCUGAAGAUGCGGUCUCUGGCGGCCUCACGAAACGCGGCUCUUGCAAACAACAACCUUCCAAGUUCACCAGUGGACCCGAUGUGUCGACUCUUUCUUCUGAGCAGUGGGAAGGCCUCAACUACUGGAAGACCACUUCUCUGAAUGCACCAACCCCGAACGGUUAUUACCAAGUCCGGAGCUGGCGAGCCUUGAAUGCUAGUGCCGAAGCUCAACCAUAUAGAGGCUACACGAGCGACUUGACCACGUACGACACCAACAAAUGUGCCGCCAGAUGCACCUCGAUCUCAGGCUGCAACUCCUUCGACAUCUACUUCGAACGCAACCCCAAGGUCAAUCUCGACAAGACCAAGUGCCCGACUUCCGAUGCCCAGACGCUGGUCAAGUGCGCUUUCUAUGGCAACCCCCUCGUCUCUUCCGAAGCCACCAAUGACGGUCAGUACACCGGCAGAGACUUCUACACAUCCAUUGCCGGCUCCAACGCCUACACGGUCAUUCCUCCAACCCCAGCGGGGUUCACCGGCCCCGUCAGCUUCGGCGCAUACACGAUCAAAGCACCCCAAGGUUCAAACACCUGUACGUAUACCCAAGAGCAGAAGACGUUCCCCGGCGUAGGCUACGACCCACAGGUCUGCGCGGACGCGUGCAACGCCAAGAGCGACUACAACCAGCGCCAGGCGGCCAAAACCAGCAACCCGACCAACUACCGCAAGUGCCGCUUUUUCGACGCUUAUGUGGCGUACAAGAAUGACGAGAACCCGCUCUUUACUUGCACUUACUACACCCAGGGAUACGGCGCAGGGUAUGCGACUAAUCUCGAUCAGUAUAACGGCGAUGGAGACCACUUUACUCAUGGUUCGAGCAACGGGUAUUACCUUGAGGAGAGGCAGUAG